GCUUGACGGGGAAGGUCAAAGGCAAACUCGAUCGAUCAUGCGUAACAUACGAAACAUCAUCACAGGAAAAAGUGCUCUAUGGUUGAACUCGGUCGUAAAAGUCGCCAAAAAUAUUCAUCAAACGAAUAAAAACCGACACGAUGAGUAGUUUAAUUACAAAGCUUUUGGUGCGGCCCCGGACCUACAGGUUUCUCCUGCAGCAGAGAUUUUACGCGGCGAAUGCCGGCAGCAGAGAAAACAUCGAGAAACUCGUGCAGAGCGACAAGGUGGUGGUGUUCAUGAAGGGAGUUCCCACACAGCCCAUGUGUGGAUUCAGCAAUGCUGUGGUGCAGAUCCUCAGGAUGCAUGGAGUAGAUAGUUACAGCAGUCAUAAUGUGCUGGAGGAUGAGGAUCUCAGGCAAGGUAUCAAAGAAUACUCCGAGUGGCCCACCAUCCCUCAGAUUUUCUUCAAUGGUGAGUUUAUCGGUGGCUGCGACAUCAUGCUCCAGAUGCAUCAGAACGGGGACUUGGUGGAGGAGUUGGAAAAGUUGGGCAUCCGAUCGGCGUUACUGGACGCCCCGCAGGAGGAGACCAAGUCAUAGUGCAGGAGAAAGGGACUUUGCCAGUCUGGACUUGACAU